ACUUGCAUGUGGAUUUGGAUUACAAAAUACAAAAACAAAAACAAAAACCUCCGUUACUAAAAUCAAAAUUCUAGCGAAUUCUUUCUCAUUUCCCAAAUUCAUAACCAAAAGCUCACAAUUUCUCACUCAAAUUCUUACACCCAUCCCCCAAUCUAAUCUAAUUCUUCAAAAAUUUCCCUUCAAUUCCAUGUAUAAUUCCCCAAUUUCGAUUUUCUCCGCACAAUGACCAACACCAUUGUACCCAAGUCCGAGACCAGCCCUCUGGUCUCGCCAUCGUCCUCCCGGUCGGUUACCGAAACGGUGAAUGGCUCGCACCGGUUCGUGAUCCAGGGCUAUUCGCUCGCCAAGGGAAUGGGAGUGGGCAAGCACAUUGCGAGCGAUAAUUUCACUGUGGGAGGGUACCAAUGGGCGAUAUACUUCUAUCCUGACGGCAAGAAUCCGGAGGAUAAUUCAACAUACGUCUCAGUCUUCAUCGCCCUUGCCAGCGAGGGUACCGACGUCAGGGCGUUGUUCGAGCUUACGCUAGUUGAUCAGAGUGGGAAAGGGAAGCAUAAGGUUCAUAGCCAUUUCGAUCGCUCGCUUGAGAGUGGCCCCUACACGCUUAAGUAUCGCGGUAGCAUGUGGGGAUACAAGCGAUUUUUCAGACGAGCUUUGCUUGAAACAUCUGACUUUCUCAAGGAUGAUUGCCUGAAAAUAAAUUGUACUGUUGGGGUAGUGGUUUCAGCAAUAGAUUGUCCUCGAUUACACUCAAUUCAGGUUCCAGAGUCUGAUAUAGGAGCACAUUUUGGCAUGCUGCUUGAAAAUAUGGAAGGUUCAGACAUUACUUUUAAUGUGGCAGGGGAAAAGAUCCAUGCUCACAAGUUGGUUUUGGCUGCUCGAUCUCCUUUUUUUCGGUCUAAAUUUUUUGAUGCCGAAGAAGAAGACAAGCAAGUGGUUCAUAUUACUGAUUUAGAACCUAAAGUUUUCAAGGCCAUGUUGCAUUUCAUUUACCGAGAUACUCUCACUGAAGAUGUGGACAUGGAGACAUCUAGCUCGUCUUGUAUUUCCUUGGUAUCUGAAACAUUAACGGCAAAACUGUUAGCAGCAGCUGACAGGUAUGGUCUGGACAGGCUCAGAUUGAUGUGUGAGUCUCAUCUUUGCAAGGAUAUAUCUGUGAGCUCUGUUGCCAGCAUUUUGGCCUUGGCCGACUGUCAUCAUGCUACAGAAUUAAAAGCUGUUUGCCUAAAUUUUGCUGCUGAAAACCUUGCAGCUGUAAUGCGGUCGGAUGGCUUUGAGUACCUCAAGGAGAACUGCCCAUCACUGCAAUCGGAGCUACUGAAGACCGUGGCUGGUUGCGAGGAGGACUGCAGUAGUGGAGGCGGAAAAUCUCGUAGUGUAUGGGCCCAACUCUCUGAUGGCGGUGAUACCAACGGCAGGAGGGUCAGGCAAAGAACCUAAUAUCUGUUCAUUAGUCUUUGUAAAUGCAGAUGAUGAUGAAAAAAAAAAAAGGGCAAAAAAAAAACAUUUUGUGCUGCCAUUCUCUCAUUGCCUAAAAGAUAGCUGACAUAAAUGCAGUUAACUGAUGUAGUUAGAUUGUGGAUGUUUUUGUAAGCUGUAAGAGUUGAUAACUGUGUUGUUUGUGAAUGUGUCCUCGUAGGUCUCAUCUUGUGUGGACUAAGACAUUGGUCUGCUAUUUUUUUUCCCUGUAUUGCUGCCAACAAUUCUAAUCUGUCAACUGCUGAGAAUGGCUUCCUUGCAAAAAUUUUGGUUGUUUUCUUUU